AUGGUAGACGUUCUCAGAUUUCUUAACGACAGUGGACUUGAACUCUCGCCUGAUAAAUCUCGAAUGGAAUAUUGUGGUUUCCUGAUUCAUCCUUUAUCACAAAAAUCGCUCAAAAAUCUAAACAUAAUCCAAAAUAAAGCAUUGAGAAUAGCCAUGGGCUAUAGGCAAUCAACUUCAACUAAUAUUAUGUUCGCUGAAGCCAAGGAACCUCCAAUACAUCUUAGGAUGCAGUACCUAUGUUAUAACUUCCUUACCAAACUGCUAGCAAAGACUAAACAUCCCCUUAUUCCAAUUUUAGACCACAUCAUAGCGAGAAGAGAAAACCCAACUUUACUAUUUCGCGGUUCAAAACCUUUAUUUCUUUUUGCAUAUGAAGAUACAAUACCAAUUCAACAUUAUAUUGCCUGCUCAGAUAAACCUUGGUGUUACAACUUCUCUUAUGAAUCUCUAUGGUUUAUUCCCGAUGUUGAUCUUGACACUGGAAUAAGUAUUCAAAAAGCUACCAAUCCAAGACUAAAGUUUGAGAACCUCUUCAGGCAUGAAUUGAGAAAAGCUAGUUGCUGGUUCACUGACGGCUCUAAGAUAGAUAAUAAUGAGUUCGCAGGUUUUGCAAAUCUUGAUGCUUGA